AUGACGGAGGUUGUGGAGCGCAUGAAAAAGAAGAAUAUUGUGAAACCAAUUGUUUAUGGCAACACGGCGACUUCGUUCGGUGUGAAACGAGACAGCGACAGUCACACGCAUCAGUGGACUGUUUUCCUCAGGUGGGUUUCCCGAUAUCAAGAGAGUUUCAUGAGUCAUAUCAAUUAAAGACCGUACAUGGCAGAAGAUCCGACAAAAUGGAUCCGGAAGGUUCAAUUCAAACUGCACGAAAGUUACGCAAACCCUUACAGAGGUAAGUUAAUGUACUGAAAUAGCUAAUAUUCGAAGGUGCAAUUACUUUCAGUGAUCGAGAAACCGCCAUACGAAGUGACAGAAACGGGUUGGGGAGAAUUUGAGAUCCAGAUUCGCAUCUACUUUGUGGAUCCCAUGGAGAAACCAGUUAGUUUAUAAACAGCUCAUUAAUAAAAAGUUGAUCUAAAACAAGUCUCAGAUAACAGCUUUCCAUUAUCUUCGUCUUUUCCAACCGACAAUCACUCUCCCGUCCGGAAAUUCGAUUGUCUGCAUGGAAUUUUACGACGAGAUUGUAACAAAGAAGACGAUUUUCGGAAAAUAAUUAGAGAAGUUUCAGAUCUUCCAGGAACCGACAGUGCAAAUGUAUAGAGCCCUCCAAGCAAGCGACGGAAAACGGCCGGACAGACAGAGCUUCUUGAACGAUAGUGAGUUUUAGAGCGUCUUACUGUAGUUCAGAGUUCUGUGUUUCAGUCGAGCAAGUGAAGACCCGUACCCGUGAACUGGCCGAGUUGGCACAAAAAGAAAUCUGUGCUGAAAUCGAGGAUCUGCGCGACUCUGUGAAAAAAGCGCACGACCUGAUCGUCAAGUACAGCACCGAGCUGGCCGAGCAAGAAUAA